GGUUGAAACAGUGGGUCAAAUAUACAUGGCUGUCUGUGGGGCCCCAGAACGCAACGAAAAUCAUGCGCAGAAUAUCAUCGAUGUCUCUCUUUGCAUGGCUAAGCACGUCAAGCAGAUGCAGAUGCCCUCUAGGGCCAAGGUUGACAUUAGAAUAGGUGUUCAUUCUGGAAUGGUCGUAGCUGGAGUUGUUGGAAUUAAACUACCUAGGUAUUGUUUCUUUGGAGACACUGUUAACACAGCUUCAAGGAUGCAAUCGACUAGUGAGCCUGGCAUGGUCCAUAUAUCCAAAGUCACAAAGUGUCUACUACCACCAAAUGGAUACGUCUUACGAACUAGAGGAUUUGUGAAACUGAAGGGAAAAGGAAGCAUGGAAACAUACUGGGUCUUCGAAAAUAUCUAUACUGAAGAAGGCUACGUUGUUUGAAGGCAGAUAUCAAUAUUAUUGUAUAGUAUUCAUGUAUAUAUAUAUAUAUAUAUCUUAAAUCAUUAGAUUUAGAAAUAACUUUUAACAAGAGGUUUACAUAAGUGACAGUUACGGUGUCUCACCGGGUAUUGAACAACAGGAUAUAACAGAUUUAUACAGUCGUAUUGAUGACUAAGUAUUACAAGAAACAGCAAAGACCCUGGCUAAGCAACAGAUUAGCGAGAAGUUGUUAUCGAAUGCUGAUGCAGCGUCUAGUGCAACAUUGUAUAUUAACUGCGUGGUUCAUAUAGCAUAUUACAUAUACACCUUCGGAAAAACCAUUAUUAUACAUUAUGAUGAGGAAGAGAGAUGGAAAUAUACAAAAGUAUGUAGGUGCGUGAAAGACACUCGAUUGUAGGAUCCUAUCUGGCAGCGUCGGAGUGUGAGGGACAACGGGGUAAAGUAGAAGAGUGAUAAAAGAGAGAUGGCAGAACGGGCGCUGGCGCCUGCCGCUUAGACGGAUGCGCUCAACAAAUGCGAUUUCUCCCAUUCGCAGAGUUGUCGAUACCAAUAUGUCAUAUUUCUAAGAAAUCUAAGUCUACCCAAAUUUCGGGAAAAAUAGCUGCGG